UUACGAUUUAGAAUAGGCACUACACUCGCUAGUGUUCUCUCACCUUGUCUUCUAGGGUAACCACGGCGCUACUCGAACAAGGAUUGCGGCCAUUCCCAACGAUCUUCUUCUCAGCAGGGAAGCCUGAUUCUUGUGAAUUCUUAAUAUGACUUCAUUCUUGAAGCCUGAGAAUGCACUCAAAAGGGCGGAAGAAUUAAUCACUGUGGGGCAGAAGCAGGAUGCCUUGCAGACACUUCAUGACCUUAUUACUUCAAAAAGAUACAGAGCAUGGCAGAAGACACUCGAAAGGAUCAUGUUCAAGUAUGUAGAACUGUGUGUAGACAUGCGUAAAGGGCGGUUUGCAAAGGAUGGGCUCAUUCAGUAUCGGAUCAUAUGUCAGCAAGUGAAUGUUAGUUCGCUGGAGGAGGUGAUCAAGCAUUUCAUGCACCUCUCAACUGAGAAAGCUGAACAAGCCCGUAGCCAGGCACAGGCAUUAGAAGAAGCCCUUGAUGUUGAUGAUUUAGAGGCAGAUAAAAGGCCAGAGGAUUUGAUGCUAAGCUAUGUCAGUGGGGAGAAAGGAAAGGACAGAUCUGAUCGGGAACUUGUCACCCCAUGGUUUAAAUUUCUUUGGGAAACAUACAGGACAGUGCUUGAAAUUUUACGGAACAACUCAAAACUGGAAGCCUUAUAUGCUAUGACAGCUCAUCGAGCUUUCCAGUUUUGUAAACAAUAUAAGCGAACAACGGAGUUCCGAAGACUAUGCGAAAUCAUAAGAAACCAUUUAGCCAAUCUUAAUAAAUAUCGGGACCAACGAGACAGACCAGAUCUUUCAGCUCCGGAAAGCUUGCAACUUUAUCUCGAUACAAGAUUUGAGCAGCUGAAAAUUGCCACUGAACUUGAACUCUGGCAGGAAGCCUUUCGAUCUGUGGAAGAUAUACAUGGACUAAUGUGCUUGGUCAAGAAAACGCCCAAGUCAUCCUUGAUGGUUGUUUACUAUGCUAAGCUGACAGAAAUAUUUUGGAUAUCAUCAAGUUAUUUAUAUCAUGCAUAUGCAUGGUUCAGGCUUUUUUUAUUACAAAAAAGCUUCAAUAAGAAUCUGAGUCAGAAGGAUUUGCAAUUAAUAGCGUCAUCUGUUGUUCUGGCUGCACUUUCAGUGCCUCCUCAUAAUCGCACUCAUGGUGCAUCUCAUUUAGAACUGGAGCAUGAAAAGGAGAGAAAUUUGAGGAUGGCUAAUCUCAUUGGCUUUAAUCUUGAAACUAAACCUGAAAGCCGAGAAGUGCUCUCAAGGUCAUCACUUCUUGCUGAACUGGCAUCCAAGGGUGUGAUGUCUUGUGUAACUCAGGAAGUGAAGGACAUUUACCAUCUUUUGGAACAUGAAUUUCUUCCCUCGGAUCUUGCAUUAAAAGUGCUUCCCUUGUUAAAUAAAAUUGCAAAAUUAGGGGGUAAGCUUUCCACUGCUUCAUCUGUUCCAGAGGUGCAAUUGUCUCAAUAUGUUCCAGCACUGGAAAAACUAGCUACCUUGAGGUUGCUGCAGCAGGUCUCUAAUGUGUACCAGACAAUGAAGAUUGAGACCUUAUCUGGGAUGAUUCCUUUCUUUGAUUUUUCGGUGGUGGAAAAGAUUUCUGUGGAUGCUGUUAAGCAGAAGUUUGUGUCAAUGAAAGUUGACCACAUGGAAAAUGUUGUAAUUUUUUCCAAAAUGAGUCUCGAGUCUGAUGGCUUAGGGGAUCACUUGGCCAAUUUUGCUGAACAAUUGAAUAAGGCAAGACAAAUGAUUUAUCCUCCAGAUAGGAAGCCAUCAAAAAUUGGAGCUUUGCUUCCCACGUUGACUGAGGUUGUGGCCAAAGAACACAAGAGGCUUCUUGCUCGAAAAUCGAUUAUUGAGAAGAGGAAAGAAGAGCAAGAACGACAUCUUCUUGAAAUGGAACGUGAGGAGGAGUCGAAGAGGUUAAGACUGCAAAAAAUAACUGAAGAAGCAGAACAAAGAAGGCUUGCCACUGAGUAUGAGCAGAGAAAAAAUCAAAGGAUCCUUAGGGAAAUAGAGGAAAGAGAAAACGAAGAAGCUCAAGCUUUGCUUCAGGAAGCUGAAAAGCGUAUUAAAAAGAAGGGGAAAAAGCCAAUCAUAGAGGGGGACAAAAUGACCAAGCAGACCUUGAUGGAGUUGACUUUGACUGAACAACUCCGCGAAAGACAGGAGAUGGAAAAGAAACUACAAAAAUUAGUUAAAACCAUGGAUUAUUUGGAAAGAGCAAAAAGAGAAGAGGCUGCUCCCCUUAUUGAAGCUGCCUAUCAGCAGCGCCUAGUAGAAGAAAGGAUUCUUCAUGAGCGUGAGCAACAACAAGAUGUUGAACAGAGCAAAAAGCAGCAUGAGGGGGAUCUUAAGGAGAAGGCGAGGCUUAUUCGAAUGAUGGGUAAUAAAGAGAUAUAUCAAGAGAGAGUUGUCAGUCUGCGCCAAGCUGAAUUUAGCAGAUUGAGGAGAGAAAGGGAGGAGAGGAUCUCUAGGAUUUUACAGUCCAGGAAACAGGAGAGGGAAAAAAUGAGGAAGUUAAAGUUUUAUCUGAAGUUGGAAGAUGAGAGACAACAAAAAGUGCGUGAGGAGGAAGAAGCUCGUAAGCGUGAAGAGGCUGAGAGACGAAAGAAGGAUGAGGCUGAACGCCUAGCUAAGUUAGCUGAGAUAGCUGAAAAGCAGAGGCAAAGAGAGCGGGAACUUGAAGAAAAAGAGAGACUUAGGAGGGAAGCACUGUUGUCUGGAUCUAGACCUUCCGAACCACCUUUGAAGCCUUCUGAGCCUCCUGCCCGUUCAUUGGAGCCUGGAUCUGCUGCUCCUGCUGCAGCUGCAGCUGCUGCUGCUGCAGCCCCAGCCUCUGGGAAAUAUGUCCCUAAGUUCCGGCAAACAGGAGCUGAAACCACAGGGGCUCCUCCUCCUGAAACAGAUAGGUGGAGUAACAGUAGCAGCAGGCCGGACGGUGACAGGUGGCGUAGUGACAAUCGAAGAACCGCUUUUGGUUCUGGUGGGGGUUCAAGGUCAUCUUCCACUUGGUCAUCUUCCAGGACUCGUGAUCGUUAAUCAUUUUGUGCCCCGAUUUGUCGCUAAUGCCAUUGGGGCCCUUGUUGGGGGGUCACGCCUGAUUGUGCUGGUACCCGUGUCUUUUGGUCGAGUUCUCUUUGUACUCUCCCUGUUUUUAGUUGUAGAAUUCUUUUUGAUACUGAGUUCUUAAAUUUAUUAUCUUCCAAUGCUUAUGUAGUCCUCGGUUCUGUUGAGGAGCAUGCCAACAAAAUUUUCUAUUUAUGAUCGAGUGGAUUGGACAUGGUAAUCGAAAUUUCAUAUUGGACGAGUACGGCAUAAGUGCAUAUCUAUUU